AUGUACACGGUGGAAGACGUGGCGUCGCAUUCCAAUGCGUCCAGCUGCUGGAUAUCUCGCGCUGGCAAAGUCUACGACGUCUCUGGGUUCCUCAACGACCACCCAGGCGGUGACGACUUGAUUCUCAACCACGCUGGGAAGGACGUUGGUGAUGCUAUGCGAGAUGAGGACGAGCAUGUGCACUCUGAGUCUGCUUAUGAGAUGUUGGAGGAAUAUCUUAUUGGAAGAAUAGGAGCGGAGGAGUCUAUAGUUCGAGAAGAUUGGGAAGCUACGGAUGAUUUUCAUCCAGAUGACACGGAUUCUGCGAGGGAUUAUGAGAAAAACCAGUUCCUUGACCUCCGCAAACCCCUCUUCAUGCAGAUGUGGAAUGCGAACUUUAGUAAAUCAUACUAUCUGCAGCAGGUCCAUCAACCCCGUCACCUUCCUGAGCCAGCGCGUUUGUUUGGUCCGGAUAUACUAGAGAUGGCGACGCGCACAGUGUGGUACGUGGUGCCCAUAUUCUGGGCCCCGAUCGCAAUAUACCUGUUUCUGCGGUCCGUUUUCCAAUUUACCGGACCUCUACCUGGUUUCUUCUCGAAUCCUACGCUGCCGCUAUCUCAGCUUGGCACAAUCCCGACGGACUCGUUUGUGAAAACUGGGCUGUGCUUUUUGGCUGGGAAUGUUAUCUGGACUAUGCUGGAGUAUGGGAUGCAUCGGUUCUUAUUUCAUAUUGAUGAAUAUCUUCCUGAUAAACCCGCGUUUCUGACGCUGCAUUUCUUGAUGCAUGGGAUCCACCAUUAUUUGCCUAUGGACCGUCUGCGGCUGGUAAUGCCUCCGACCCUUUUUACUAUUCUACAGUUUCCCUUCACCCAGCUCGCAUAUGUUAUCUUCCCCGCAUCAGUCUCAAACGGCAUUAUCGCCGGUGCUUUCACCUUUUAUAUCCUGUACGACUGCAUGCACUAUGCGCUACACCAUACGAGGCUUCCGCAGUACAUGAAAGACAUGAAAAAAUACCAUCUUGCGCAUCACUACAAAAACUUUGAGCUCGGGUUUGGUGUUACCAGCAAAAUCUGGGACAUUGCUUUCAAUACUGUCCUCAAGGUGUAA